AUUCGAAUGUACGAAAGGGGUAUUCACCCUCGAGACUCACCUAACCUACCUUGUAUAUCACUACAGCUGUUGGGGUUAGCCAUAUAACCUUAUUCUCUCACAUAAGCCAUUCAUAUCGACAGAAGCAGAAGGAGAAGAAGGGGAGAAAAGAAGAAGAAUACAACCAAUUAAAACCUACUACAAGAAAAAGAAACUUGCUUCCCUCUCCCCUAACAUGGCAGGCAUCGACGUGUCCACCAGUCUUCCAAGAAAGUAUGAACAAUGGUCAGAGGACGUGCCCACCGCUUGGGCAUCACCCAUGUUCACAUCACCCUUCGGUGAGGGCAACCUUAUAUCUGAUUUCCAAUGGGCCAAUCCUGGUAACAAUUCAGACGAAUUCUGUAGAGCAAGCCCGCACGUCAGUCUGGAGGAGUUGGGACAUGGCCUAGAAGCUAGUGAUAAUUAUACUCAAGCUGGUUUCACCACUUCCGACAAUACCGGCCCCAGCCCGGGACAAGCCUCAGAACUCAACUCGUUUAGAUUCGACACCCCUGCACAGACGACGGGACAGUUCGACCCGCCGCAGUCGAAUCACCAUCAUGUCCUCAUGACGCGCAAAAGGGGAUCCGAAGAUGAGGAAAGUGAAGUCACGAAUUGUGGUGUCGGAGAGGCGCUGUACGACGAAAACGUCGUGUCUCCACUCGCCGAGACGAUAUCCAAUUACCACCACCACCAACGACUCUCGCAGAGUUCCGUAGCGACCCCCACAGUAAUUUCGCCCGGUUCUGAAUCAUCCGUAAAUUGGAUGGCAGACAGUACCGGUACGGGAGAUCAAAUGUCUCCCCCCUCACCAGUCUGCAGCUCCGGCGGCAAAGCCUCGUCACUGUGCAACUCCCCGCCCUCUAUUACCAAGAGCCGGCGCAACCGGGAGCGGAACCGGGUGGCAGCGCACAAGUGUCGACAGAAGGCGAAGCAGAGCAUGAGCGAUCUGCAGAUCCAGGAGCGCGAAUUGAGCAAGCACAACCGCAUGCUGCAGGACCAUGCUGGGUGUCUGCGGGACGAGAUUCUCGAUCUCAAGAACGAGAUCCUGCGGCAUAGCGGUUGCGACAGCGAUAUCAUCCAGAAUUACAUCGCGCGGGCCGCGCGCGACGUGCACUAAGUUUUAUAUAUUGUAAUACCAAACUUGGUUGGAGUGGAGGCAACAACAACAUGAAAAGACGGCAUUCAUUCGACUAACGAACGAACGGGCGAACGGGCGAACGGAUGGGUAGGGA